UAUACUUGUUUGAUUGUGUUGACCUAAUGUGGCUACGUGCAGGUCUCGUAUCUGAACGUGAGACUCUAAUUUAGUGAAAAUGGUUGUCCUAGCUGCAUCUAUUGUGAGUAAAUCUGGAAAAGCUCUUGUCUCCAGGCAAUUUGUGGAUAUGUCUCGUAUAAGAAUAGAAGGGCUUCUUGCAGCUUUUCCAAAGCUUAUUGGGACUGGGAAACAACAUACUUAUGUCGAGACUGAAAAUGUGCGGUAUGUCUAUCAGACAAUAGAAAGUCUGUAUUUACUACUUGUAACCAACAAACAGAGCAACAUCCUUGAAGAUCUGGAGACACUGAGGUUGCUAUCCAAACUGGUCCCGGAAUAUGCUGUUUCUUUGGAUGAAGAGGGCAUUUCUUUAACAGCUUUUGAGCUAAUUUUUGCAUUUGAUGAAGUCAUCUCCCUUGGUCAUAAGGAAAAUGUGACUCUUGCACAAGUUAAACAGUACUGUGAAAUGGAGAGCCAUGAAGAAAGACUGCACAAGUUAGUAAUGCAGAGUAAGAUCAACGAUACUAAGGAUAUUAUGAAGCGGAAGGCAAAUGAAAUUGACAAAAGCAAGAUUGAAAAGAGGGGUGAUAAAGGAGGGUUCAUGUCUUUACAAUCAAUGAGUUCGGGUAAAAUUGACUCCAGUUUUGGCGGUGAUAUGAGCAUCUCUAGCAAUGGAACUGGCUUUGGAAGCGGUUCUGGUUUUGGAUUAAGCACUGAUGUUGAAUCACUGUCUAGCAAGUCAAAAGGUCGACCAGCUGCAUCAGCUACUGCCCCUCCAAAAGGUCUUGGUAUGCAGCUAGGCAAAACACAGAAGGCAAACCAGUUUUUGCAAUCUUUGAGAGCUGAAGGUGAAGUUAUUCUUGAUGAUGUACGACCAACUGCUGGUACAACCAAAUCAGCUGCUCCCCCACUAACUGAUCCCGUUACAUUGUCUGUGGAAGAGAAGCUCAAUGUGACACUGAAGCGCGAUGGUGGUGUGAGUAACUUUGACGUCCAGGGAACCUUGUCUCUCCAGAUUCUUAACCAGGAAGAUGGCCAAAUCCAAGUCCAGAUAGUAACUGGGGGAAAUCCUGGGGUCGUGUUUAAGACCCACCCAAAUAUUAACAAAGAUUUAUUUUCCAAUGAGAGCAUUUUAGGCCUUAAAGAUCCUAACAGGCCAUUCCCUACGGGUCAAUCUGGUGAGGGUGUUGGUCUUUUGAAGUGGAGGAUGCAAAGUGUUGACGAAUCUGUUGUGCCAUUAACCAUUAACUGUUGGCCCUCUGUUUCUGGAAAUGAAACUUAUGUCAGUAUUGAGUAUGAAGCUUCAUCAAUGUUUGAUCUGCAAAAUGUUGUGAUCUCUGUUCCUCUUCCUUCACUUAGAGAGGCACCGAAUGUGCGCCAGAUUGAUGGUGAAUGGAGGUAUGACUCCAGAAAUUCUGUCUUGGAGUGGUCUAUACUUCUUAUUGAUAACUCUAACAGAAGUGGAUCUAUGGAGUUUGUGGUCCCUCCAGCAGAUUCAUCGCUCUUCUUUCCCAUUUCUGUGCGAUUUAGUGCUGUAAACACCUUCAGCGAUGUCAAGAUUGCUGGUGUAUUGCCAUUGAAAGGUGGACCGCCACCCAAGUUUUCUCAAAGAACACUUCUGAGCACUGAGAACUACCAAGUUGUGUAAGGUAACGGUCUUAUGGUACUUUCGAAGAUAUGUUACCAGACUUGUGUAUUUUGUUUAGUAUAGUACUUUCAGCUCUGUUUAAGGUGUACUAUUCCGAGGCUAUUGUUCAAACACCUCCCGGAUUUGGUUUGUUUUAAUGUUGUUUUAUCUGUGUCAUAUUACAUUACAUAGAUAGGUGGUGGUCAUAAGUUGUAGUCCACUUCAAUUCUCAUUUCCUUGUUACAAUGGGGUGUUUGUUUUCCGCAUUAAAAUUUGUUAUAUUAUGUUAUUGGUCUUAUUUGAAAAAGAUUAUUGACAAUUCCUUACUAGACUUUCAGUUUGAUAU